CCCCAUUUUUUCGGUCACAUUAUUCUCUCUCUCUCUCGUUUUCUCCGAUCCUAAACAAACUCUCCCAUUCUUUUAAUUUAAUUAAACUUAACGCUCUUCCAAUUCCCACUUCCCUUUUUCUGUAACCCGAACAACUUUUAGUUUCAGUUUUACCAUAUUUGUGGCGCUCCACUGAUACUGUUACUGUUACUUACUCUCGGGACCACCCGUACACCACCGCCAUGGACGGCGGAGACGCGGCCGCACCGGCGACCCCUCCCGAUGAUCAGACUCAAAAAGUCUCCUUCUUCAAGCUCUUCACAUUCGCGGAUAGCCUCGACGUCACGCUGAUGACCGUCGGCACCGUUUGCGCCGUCGCCAACGGCCUCUCGCAGCCGAUCAUGACGCUCAUUUUCGGCAAGAUGAUCAAUUCCUUCGGCUCCUCCGAUCAGUCUAAUGUCGUCCACCAAGUCUCCCAGACUUCCAUAUACUUCGUGUACCUGGGCAUUGCAACUGGAAUUGCUUCAUUUCUACAGGUUGCAAGUUGGAUGGUAACAGGAGAAAGACAAGCAGCACGUAUACGAGCAUUGUAUUUGAAAACAAUACUGAGACAAGACAUUACAUUCUUUGACACUGAAACCACAACUGGAGAAGUUGUUGGUCGAAUGUCUGGAGACACCAUUCUUAUACAAGACGCCAUGGGAGAAAAGGUUGGAAAGUUCAUACAGUUAAUGUCAACAUUCUUCGGUGGCUUUGUGGUUGCCUUUGCGAGGGGACCGCUUCUUGCUGUGGUUUUGCUCUCUUGCAUUCCUGCAAUUGUUAUUGCUGGUGGCACCACCUCCUUGAUCAUGUCUAAAAUGUCAAGCCGCGGACAAAAAGCUUAUGCAGAAGCAGGCAAUGUAGUAGAACAAACUGUUGGAGCCAUUCGAACGGUUGCAUCCUUCACUGGGGAGAAACAAGCUAUUGAGAAAUACAAUGACAAGCUGAAAAUAGCCUACAAGUCUGCAGUUCAGCAAGGACUCGCCUCAGGUUUAGGACUUGGCCUAAUAUUACUGAUUGUCUUCUGCACUUAUGGGCUUGCUGUGUGGUAUGGAUCCAAGCUCAUCAUUCAGAAGGGGUACAAUGGUGGACAAGUCAUCAAUGUUAUAUUUGCCAUCAUGACCGGUGGGAUGUCACUGGGCCAGACAUCACCUGUGGUGAAUGCAUUUGCUUUAGGACGAGCUGCAGCCUACAAAAUGUUCGAGACAAUCAAACGAAAACCACAAAUUGAUUCCUACGACACCAGUGGUCUACAGUUAGAAGACAUACAAGGCAACAUUGAACUUAAAGAUGUCUACUUUAGAUAUCCUGCACGACCAGAUGUGCAAAUUUUUUCAGGAUUCUCCUUGUCUGUUCCCAGUGGAACAACUGCUGCCCUUGUUGGACACAGUGGAAGUGGAAAGUCAACAGUUAUUAGUUUGCUAGAGAGAUUCUAUGAUCCUGAUUCUGGUGAAGUGUUCAUAGAUGGAGUGAAUUUGAAGAAGUUUAAUCUUAGAUGGCUGAGAGAAAAAAUUGGUCUCGUUAGCCAAGAACCUAUUCUCUUUGCAACUUCUAUAAGGGAGAAUAUACUGUAUGGGAAAGAAAAUGCAACAGAACAAGAGAUCAGAGCUGCAACUGAACUUGCUAAUGCUGCAAAGUUCAUUGACAAGCUUCCUAAGGGGCUUGACACAAUGGUGGGCGAGCAUGGGACUCAGUUAUCAGGUGGGCAAAAGCAAAGAAUUGCCAUUUCAAGGGCUAUUCUGAAAAAUCCCAGGAUUCUACUCCUUGAUGAAGCAACAAGUGCCUUAGAUACUGAGUCCGAGCGGAUCGUUCAAGAAGCACUCGAAAGGGUGAUGACAAACAGAACAACCGUCGUCGUCGCGCAUCGCUUGACAACCAUAAGGAAUGCCGACCUCAUAGCAGUCGUGCAUCAAGGGAAACUCUUAGAGAAAGGAACGCACGACGAGCUAAUAAAAAACUCCGAGGGAGCGUAUUCCCAGCUAAUCCGUCUUCAAGAAGGAAGAGCUACAAGACCAGAAACUAAACCAGUGGACGAAGCAGCAGACAAAGCAAUGACAAGAUCCAGUAGUAGGAGAGUAUCAUUGAUGAGAUCCAUAAGUAAAGGUUCAUCAAGUACUCGACGUUCAUUCACAAUCAACUUUGGCAUUCCAGGUUCAGUUCAUAUCCAUGACACAGAAGUUGAUGAGGACCGAGAAGAAAUAAGAGAAAUUGACAUGAAAAAGACUAAAAAAGUUUCAGUGAGACGGCUGGCAGCCUUGAAUAGGCCUGAGCUUCCAAUCUUGAUGCUUGGAUCCAUUGCAGCAGUCAUGAGUGGCAUUGUUUUUCCUGUGUUUGGGCUAUUGCUCUCAAGUGCCAUUGGAAUGUUCUACAAACCUGCAGCACAGCUGGAGAAAGAAUCCAAGUAUUGGGCAUCUGUGUAUCUUGGCCUAGGAUGUCUCACACUCUUCGCUUCACCUAUGCAGAAUUACCUCUUUGGAAUUGCAGGAGGAAAGUUGAUCGAACGAAUUCGGUCUCUGUGCUUCGAAAAGAUCGUCCACCAGCAGAUUUGCUAUUUUGAUGAUCCUGCAAACACAAGUGGCGCAAUUGGAGCAAGGUUGUCCUCUGAUGCUGCCACUGUUAGAGGGCUUGUUGGGGAUGCUUUGGCCUUAGUAGUGCAGAAUUUAUCAACCAUCACAGCUGGGCUGAUCAUAGCUUUCACAGCUAACUGGAUAUUGGCUUUUGUGGUUCUAGCUGUGUCGCCAUUGCUGCUUAUUCAAGGUUACCUCCAGACCAAGUUCAUGAAAGGGUUCAGUGCAGACGCCAAGGUGAUGUACGAAGAAGCAAGCCAGGUAGCCAACGAUGCGGUGGGCAGCAUCAGAACAGUUGCAUCAUUUUGCUCAGAGAAGAAGGUGAUGGAUUUGUACGAGAAGAAAUGCGAGGCCCCUGUCAAAAAUGGAGUUCGCCUCGGCCUCGUCAGUGGCGGUGGCUUCGGCUUUUCUUUCCUUGCCCUCUUCUGCACAAACGCCUUCUGCUUCUACAUCGGAUCCAUCCUCGUUAAACAUGGCAAGGCCACAUUCCCCGAAGUCUUCAAGGUGUUUUUUGCUCUUACAAUUUCUGCGAUGGGUGUUUCCCAAACCAGCGCGUUGGCUCCAGAUAGCGCUAAGGCCAAGGAUUCUGCAGCCUCCAUAUACGAAAUUCUCGAUAGCAAGCCUGAGAUCGAUUCAAGCAGUAGCCAAGGAGUGACACUCAGCACCGUAACUGGCACAAUUGAGUUCGAUCAUGUCAGCUUCAAGUACCCAACAAGACCAGACAUUCAAAUCUUUCGAGAUCUCUGCUUGACCAUCCCUUCCGGAAAGACCGUUGCAUUGGUUGGAGAAAGUGGGAGCGGAAAAUCAACAGUAAUCGGUCUGAUAGAGAGAUUCUAUGACCCUGAUUCUGGGCGAGCAGUUCUCGACGGAGUAGAAAUUUACAAAUUCAAACUCAAUUGGCUGAGGCAGCAGAUGGGAUUGGUGAGCCAGGAGCCAAUUUUGUUCAACGAAACAAUCCGCUCCAACAUUGCUUAUGGAAAACCAGGAAACGCAAGCGAGGAAGAGAUAAUAGAGGCAGCAAAAGCCGCAAAUGCCCACAACUUCAUCUCCUCCUUGCCCGGCGGCUACGACACCUCUGUAGGAGAAAGAGGAGUUCAGUUGUCCGGAGGCCAAAAACAGAGGAUUGCCAUUGCCAGAGCCAUUCUGAAGAACCCCAAGAUUCUUUUGCUCGACGAAGCGACAAGCGCGCUCGACGCCGAGUCGGAGCGCGUCGUGCAAGAUGCAUUGGACAGAGUCAUGGUUGAUCGAACAACCGUCGUCGUCGCCCAUCGCCUCACCACCAUUAGAGGGGCUCACAUUAUCGCUGUCGUUAAAAACGGCGUCGUUGCGGAGAAGGGUACUCAUGAGGACCUCAUCAAGAUCAACAAUGGAGCUUAUGCUUCUUUGGUCGCGCUCCAUGCAGCUCCUUAACUUUUAUCAUUGCAGGGUAGAAAUCGAACAUCGAGUUUACGAAUGAUAAUAGAUGCCUUAUUCGCUUAGGUCCGAAUUGGCACACAAGUUCUUGAGUUCAAAGGGGAAGUAGAAACUUAACCAAUAAUUACUACUUCCACUGCAGGCUAAGGACUAUGGGAAACCAUUUUUUGACCAAUUAUUUUGUUUAUGCACUUUUCACAGUUCUAAAUCUGUCACUUUUAGUCUUUUUCUAAAUAAAACAUUUUUGUAAG